CUGGCGACCCCAGACGGGAUUCUCCUAGCUCAGACAUCGGACUCCGGAUGGCUGCGGCAAACUAGGAGCGGUGCCACCGGGGUGUUUAGCCCCUCUUCCUCACUUCACCGCGGCCCCUGGGGUUCGUGCUCCGAUAAGUCAGCCCCAGAUAUCAAAAAGCCGUUGCAGCAGCUCGAGGGCGCUGAGGGGAAAUCUCUGGAGGAACUGGUAAGCGUGGCCACCCGUGUGUAUCACACCAGAAAUAAAGUUCAAGAGACCAAACAGGUCCGUUUAACUUUGGGAGGAACCACUUAUUCUUCUCUUUUGGACUCAGGGGCUGCCCUCUCUACUGUUACUGCCAAGCCAAGAAAAGAAAAUCUUACAGAUAAAAGCAUUCCGGUAAUGGGUAUAGGCGAAAAGCCAUUUGAUUGUCCUGUAUUGCAGGAGGCUGCUGUAGAAAUCUCUGGUGUCUCAACCUCCCAUGCCUUUUUGCUAGCUCCGGAUUCCUCAGUUAACCUUCUGGGCAGAGACCUGCUGUGUAAAUUACGUGCUCAGAUUUUCUUUUCAAAUGACAAAAUCAUUCUCCAGUUGCCUCAGAAUCAACUCCCUCAGCUAUGUGCCACGUUAACCCUGGCUGCCAAGGACCCGAUUCUGCCUGUGAGCCCAAUGAACCUGCCUAAGCGACUCAGACGAGAGGUACAAGCCUCCCUGUGGGGCACUUCAAAGGCAGACUUGGGCACUCUCCGGACAGAGCUGGUACGAAUAACCCUGAAGCCAGACAUUAACAUUCCUCGAAUUCGUCAGUAUCUCAUCCCCCGAGAAGCUCUGCUGGGCCUCCAGAAUCUUAUCAACACAUUCCUGGGGUUGGGAGUGUUGGUUCACACUAAGUCCCCUUUCAACACCCCCAUUCUGUCUGUUAAAAAACCUGACCUGGAUCCAAAGAAAAAAACAGUAUAUCGAUUUGUCCAGGACUUGCAUGCAGUGAAUAAAGUCGUCCAGGCUAGACACAAUGUGGUGCCUAAUCCUCACACUAUCCUGACUGCCAUUCCAGCAGGUACACAGCUCAAUUUCAGUCUCUACCUGCUAAUGUUCCUGCCCAUCGGAUCACUCCAAAAGACAGGGUCUAUGUGAAAGAGUGAAAACACAAGCCUCUCCAACCCCAGUGGGUGGGCCCCUUCCAAGUCCUUCUUACUUCCCACACUGCAAUUCGUGUGAAAGAGCAAAACACUUGGAUUCAUCCUACUCAAGUUAAGCUAGCCCCUAGGCCAGGGCCAGAAGCAGACAACGCCAGACCUCGAGGGAGCCCCGCCAGCUCUUCCCACCGCAACCCGGAAGAGCCUGAAGCAAACAAUACCUGGAAGGCUAAGCCUCUCAAGAAGCUAAAACUCCUGUUCCAACAGAAUAAGUCCUGAAACUUUACAGACUAUAAAUUUAUGGGUGGUGGUACAAUGGUUACUUGCUUUCAGUUUGCCCUUUGUACUUGCCAACCCCCACCCAGUGGUUGAGUCCUUACAGCACAUUGGGACACCUGUCUAAUUGCUGGCUGUGCCACCAAACCCGAUCCAAAAAAGGAAUAGGCUUGUGGGCUGCUCCUGCAAAUCUCCCUGAAGUACUCUCUUAGUGCGGUAGUGCGGAAAACUAAAUGGGCAUGGGUAGGGGAAUAUCAGUAUAAUAAAUUCGGGAAGGUGUCUAAAGCUUGGCAUUAUUACUGGGCAGCUAAGGGGGUCUCUCUUUUUAAUAUCCUUGAAAUUGGGUAUCACCUGCCCCUUGGCUUAAAAAAUGCUAAAGAGAUUGGGAAAGAGGUAGGCUACCUUCCCCUUAAGGCCUGUGACCAAACCCUUCGGUUUGAUGUCGGAACCGGAACCUUUUCCCCUUUGAACACUUCUGAGAACGCCCAGAAACCCCCUUGCCUCCUAAACAGGGCUUUCACUGUAAAAUCAACAGGCAUUCUUUAUCAAGGGAAAUGGUUCCCCUCGUUCCUCCCGUUGGGCUCCAUAAAUAACACACAUACGUUUUAUAUGGAUAUUUACUCUGGCAUUGUGUUGCCUCACCCAUCCCGUGAAAAGAUAUCUGGAUGCCCACAGCCCAUGGAAUCGCUUGCAAGUUUUACAGCUAAUUUGUUUGCAGUUAUGUAUUGUGGGGGCAUCCUAAAUGACACCCAUGCCCUGGGACGUUUAAAUAUCUCCCAUUGGAGGUGUCAGGACCGCAUAAUAGGUACCCCCAAGCAGUGGGAUGUAUUAGUGGCCCGGCGCCACCAAGUCGCAGGUAAUACCCUUACCCUCUACUUGAAGACCCCCGGCUUGUAUUUUAUCUGUGGCCAUAGCGCCUACAAAGCUCUCCCUCCUGGUUGGCAGGGUCGGUGUGGUGUGGCCCGGGUGUUGCCUGAUGUUCAAAUCAACAACACGUUAAAUUCCAGAUCCUCAACCUGGGAAGCUAUUCUCACAAGCUUUUCACCCCCUCCAUAAAGACUAGAACCAAACACGCCAAAAAUCCGUUAAUUGUCAAACAGACAGGAUUCCAUUCCUUUGUUUGUGCACUCAUUCCUGGGUUGGGGGUAGCUGAGCUCAAAAAAGCAGUUGUAAAUAUUUCUGCAAAGCUUAAAAAAACAGCUAAUGCAUCAAUAAACGCUUUCCAAAAACUGCAGCAAAAAAUUAAUAAAGUAGCAAAAGUAGCUUUACAAAAUAAACAUGUUAAAUACCAUAAAUGCUAAAAUGAGGGGGCUUGUGCUCACAUCGAAAAAAAUGCUGUUUUUAUGUUAAUCGCUCUGGCUUAAUUGAAAAAAAUUUACAAGCUAUUAAAAAUGCUGCUGUUGUUUUCCAUGCUGUAUCUCUUAAUCACACCUUUAGUUUUAAGGACCUCCUCCCAAACCUUGGGUCCUGGUUUAUAGGGGUCUUCCAAACAAUUAUAAAGUAAAUUAUUUUCCUUCUUUUCGUCCUAUGUAUUGUUUGGGUAAUAAUGCAAUGUGCAAAGUGUGUUUGUAAUACUGUAACUAGGAUCUCUGCUGCCCGUACAAAAAACCAGUAUCUGUCCCUCCAGCUUAAUCGCAAAUUGCGUAACGGGCCUGACAAUUUGGGCUUGUCAGGCCCAAAGGGGGGACUGUGAAAGUUACUGAUAACCCCCUUAACAACUAACGGUUUAGCCAUUAGGGGGUGCCUCACAUACACAGUACCCUGAACUUUUAAACUGUCUUCUCUCUUCUGCCUUAAAGCAGGAAAAUCUGGCUCUAAACCAGUUUUCACUAACCAAAUAACAAAAGUAUGGAGUCUAACAACCACCAAUCAAGUGUUAACACGGCAAGGAUCUUUGCCUGAAAGUGUAUAAAAAGCUUGUGAAAUUUG